UCUGCCUUUUAUCAAGUUUAGGUGCAUGCCCCAUACUUCACACAGCAAGAUUAUCCUUUACUUUUCAGGCCCGAGUGCUGAGCAACCACCAAGACUGCAAGGAGGACUGACCUUACCCCAAGGGAGACUUGAGAGCAGCUGAGUUAAUGAUUAGCUCUGCCCACCUUGAGGGCUGCAGGGCUUCUGAGCUGGCUGUAGGAUGAGCUGCCCUCUGCUCCCAGGCUGUGGGCAUUCUCGAACUAGGUCUGUGGAAGAGAGUGGACUAAGGGGUCCGCAGAGAGACUUCCAGAAAGGACUUGGCAGGCUCGACCAUGCGCUGGCUGUGGCAACUCCAAGGGGUCUGCACUCUCACUGGGGCUCAGCAGUGCAGUCGGAACAUCCACAUUCACCCCGGGCGGCUGGCUGCCCUGCUGUGGGGCCACCAGGAUGUCCCUGACAAGUUCAACUUCGCAAGUGACGUGAUGGACCACUGGGCCGGAAUGGAGAAGGCUGGCAAGCGGCCCCCGGGCCCCGCGCUGUGGUGGGUGAGCAAGCAUGGGGAGGAGGUGACCUGGAACUUCAGCCAGCUGAGUGAGCUCAGCCAGCAGGCAGCCAAUGUCCUGUCUGGAGCCUGUGGCCUGCAGCGUGGGGACCGCGUGGCCGUGGUGCUGCCCCGGGUGCCCGAGUGGUGGUUGGUGACUGUGGGCUGCAUGAGAGCAGGCCUCGUCUUCAUGCCCGGGACCAUCCAGAUGAAAGCCAAAGACAUUCUCUACAGGCUGCAGGCGUCUAAGGCCAAGGCCAUUGUGGCGGGGGAAGAAGUGGCCCAGGAAGUGGACACAGUGGCACCUGACUGUCCUGCUCUGAGAACAAAACUGCUGGUAUCUGAGCAAAAGCGGAAUGGGUGGCUGGACUUCAAGACCCUGCUCCGAGGAGCAUCUGCCACUCACCGCUGUGUGGAGACCAGAAGCCAAGAGGCAGCCGCCAUCUACUUUACCAGUGGGACCAGUGGCUUUCCCAAGAUGGCAGAACAUUCCCAUGCAAGCUUGGGCCUCAAGGCCAAGAUGGAUGCUGGCACGUGGACAGGCUGGAAAGCCUCUGACAUUGUAUGGACCAUCUCGGACACAGGCUGGAUACUGAACAUCUUGGCCACCCUUCUGGAAUCUUGGACCUUGGGAGCGUGCACAUUUAUCCAUCACCUGCCCAAGUUUGAUGCGCAGGUCAUUCUGAAGGUGCUGUCCAGCUAUCCAAUCAACAGCCUGGUCGGUGCCCCCAUUGUCUACCGGAUGUUGCUGCAACAGGAACUGUCCAGCUGGAAGUUUCCACACCUGCAGUACUGCUUCAGUGGAGGCGAGAGCCUUCUUCCAGAAACUCUGGAGAGCUGGAGGGUCCAGACAGGACUAGACAUCAGGGAAUUCUACGGCCAGACAGAGACGGGAAUCACCUGCAGAGUCUCCAAGACAAUGAAAAUCAAGCCUGGAUCCCUGGGAACAGCCAUUCCCCUUUAUGAUGUGCAGGUCUUAGAUGAUGAGGGCAAAGUCCUGCCCCCUGACACAGAAGGAGAGCUGGGCAUUAGGAUCAAGCCCAUCAAGCCUGUGGGCAUCUUCUCUGGCUAUGUGGACAAUCUUGAGAAGACCAUGGCUAACAUUCGAGGAGAUUUUUGGCUCCUGGGAGAUCGGGGGACCAAGGACCAAGAUGGAUAUUUCCACUUCCUGGGACGGGCAGAUGAUAUCAUCAACUCCAGUGGGUACCGGAUUGGGCCCUCGGAAGUGGAGAAUGCGCUGAUGGAGCACCCAGCUGUGGUGGAGACUGUGGUGAUCAGCAGCCCAGACCCCGUCCGGGGAGAGGUAGUAAAAGCAUUUGUGGUCCUGGCCCCUCAGUUCCUGUCCCAUGACAAGGCCCAGCUCACCAAGGAGCUGCAGGAGCACGUGAAGUCUGUGACAGCACCCUACAAGUACCCAAGGAAGAUGGAGUUUGUCUCAGACCUGCCCAAGACUGUCACAGGGAAAAUCCAACGGGGGAAGCUUCGGAACAAGGAAUGGGAGAAGUCUGGGCCGGCCCAGGCCUAGUGAGACUGUGGGGCUUUCUGGAGUCCCCCAGCUUCUUUCCCUCCAUUGCCCUCUGGGAGGUCUACCUUCCCUCUAGCUAUUAGCACAGAGAAUUUUCUGUUAGAUGCUGAAAGCAGAAAGGAGGAGAUGGGGUGAGAAAGAAGGGGAAACUAAGA